AUGAGGGACAGAACGUCCAGCGACAAUGACGAUCGGCCGAAGCCUGCGUCCACGACCCCGAGUGCUUCCGACAAGGCGAAAGCGAGCGUCAAGAGCCGCGACAUGAUACGGGACGGCGGAAGUGGGAGUCGCUCGCGGUUGCAGGAGCGCAAGCAGAGCAGGGAGCUGAGCGUGUCGCCGGUUGUCGAGGGCCAUAGCCCGUUGAUGCGCACAUCCAUCUCCAGUCCGGCGCUGGAGAAGAAUCCGCUGCUUGAAACCCCACCGACCCCCAUCCCUCACGAUGCGCCAGCUCCAAUCGCCGACCACGUCCGCCAGCACGCCGCACGAUUGCCAUCUCCUUGGCGCUGCUCCUUCCUCACGCUUGCGACGAGCAUGGCCGCACUGUUGCUCCUGUUCACGAUAGUGCACUCGUUUCUGAACCGACAACAGGAUCCGAAGGGAUGCGCCAUGUCCUACAUGAUGCCGAGAUUCAACCACUUUGCAGACUUCGACACAGAGCACACUCGCUUUGCUAGCAAAUACUCCCUCUAUCUGUACCGAGAGGGCGGCGUGGACGACGACGUUCGCGUCAAGGGCAUACCCGUGCUGUUCAUCCCUGGCAAUGCCGGCAGCUACAAGCAGGUGCGCCCGAUUGCGGCAGAAGCAGCGCGAUACUUUCACGACACAUUACGGAUGGAUGGACAUGCCAUUGGAGACGGCAAGAGGCCGUUGGACUUCUUCACUGUGGACUUCAACGAGGAACUCAUUGCAUUCCACGGACAGACUCUCCUGGACCAAGCCGAGUAUCUCAAUGAGGCAGUAGCGUACAUCUUGGCUCUAUACCACCAGCCGCAGCGCUCACUGCGCGAGCCCGGACUUCCUGAUCCAAAGUCGGUCAUCAUACUUGGUCAUUCGAUGGGUGGCGUUGUAGCCAGGACCAUGCUUCGAAUGCCAAACUACCAGGAGAAAACGAUCAACACCAUCAUAACACUUUCUGCACCACACGCGAGACCGCCGAUAUCCUUUGACCCGGCGAUGGUCGAGACGUACAACGAUGUCAACACAUUCUGGAGAGACGCUUACUCUGGCUUGACUGCUGGCAAGAGCCCUCUGGACGAUGUGACUCUGGUUUCUGUCGCUGGUGGUGGGCUCGACACCAUGAUUCCGUCCGAGUACACAAGCCUUACCUCGCUUGUGCCAGACACACAUGGUUUUACCGUCUUCACUUCGAGCAUACCCAAUGUAUGGACCGGCAUGGACCAUCUAGCCAUCAUGUGGUGUGACCAGUUCAGGAAAGCCCUGGUCAGAGCCAUUUUCGACGUGAUCGAUGUAAGGCGGCCAGGCCAGACGCAGAGUCGGCCCGAACGGAUUCGAGCGUUCAGAAAAAGACUUCUGACUGGCAUGGAGCCUGUGGUUGAAAAAGGACUGCUGGAGAAGGAGCCGAACUUCUUCCUUACCCUGGAACACAGCUCAACUGCCAUCAUGUCGCACGGCGAGCGACUUGUGCUUCGGUCCUUGGGUGAUACUGGCACAACGAAGGCACACGUGAUGCCCGUGCCAGCGCAGCCGUUCGUCGAGGGCAGCAAAUUCACCUUGUUGACGGAUCAGACUCUGGAUGCUGGCGAGGAAGAAGGCACCCUGUCAGUACUGCUGUGCAGUGUCUUUCCACCGCCGAGCGGCUUCGCUGUACUGUCGUACGCCAUCAAUCUAGACUCCACGGGCAACUCAGCCGGAUCUACUAGGCUAGCCUGCAAGAAUGCCGCCUCGGAUGUGUCGCUGCUUCCUGCAUCCACCAACACCUCGGUCAAUGCAUUCGACAAUGCGAAGCCAUUCUCGUAUUUACAGUAUGACCUUCACACGGUUGCCGACUACCAGUUCGUGGCUGUACUCGAGAAGGCGAAAGAGCGUCAACCGGGCUGGGUCAUGGCCGAGUUUAGUCAAGCGGCCGCAGCAUCGAUCCAAGUCAACAAGGGACAUCACCAAAUUCUCAUGGGCGGUCUCAAGGUCAAAUUGCCAAAGCAAAGGCCCAUGAUGACAGAGAUCAAGAUCCCAGAGGUGCACUCCACUCUGUUUGCGUACUCACUUCAAGUUAAGCAGAAGAAGUGCGACAAGUACGCUUCCAGCUUCGCGCCACUCAUGCGUCAGUAUAUUGCUGAGCCAUAUGAGUCGAAAUACUUUGUCAACACUAAAGGCGGCAACAUCAAUGUGCAUGGGUUGUCGCCAUACAUGCCACCUCCCUUGCUAGGUGGAGGCGCCACCGAGGGCCUGUCACUUCAACUUUGGACCGAUCCCACCUGCAACUCCACUGUUGAAGUCUCCUUGAAGGUCGACAAGCUCGGUAGUGCUGGGAAACUGGUGAUGAGGUAUCGCACGGUAUUUGCAGCAUUCCCACUGCUGGUCGUUGCGCUCGUACUGCGAAAACAGUUCAAAGUCUACGACACUACGGGUGUGUUCAUGAGCUUCACGCAAAGCAUGGAUCAGUGCAUCAGAACAUCCCUACCAGCAAUCUUCAUUGCUUUGACGUUCUUCGGCGUCGCGGUGUCCAAGUCUAGCCACAACAUCUGGACGCGACAUCUGCUUAGCACAUCAACCGGCACAUCGGAGCAAACGAUAGACUUUACCGUCAACGACCUGAUGCUGGGAACCUCAGAUCCAUUCUUCUGGUUCUUGGUCCCACUAUUCGCCAUCAUCGCGGUCGGUAUUUGCAUCGCCAUGAAUUACAUCGUGCUCAUAUUGGAGCACGUCUUUGCGUUGAUCUUCUCCUGCGUGCGUGCGUGGACGCAAAGAACCGUGGAUGAACAUAGGAGAAGCCAAGGGCCAUUGACUGCGACUCAGCGACUGGUCACCACGGGCAUACUGGUUUUGAUGGUCGUGACGGUCAUACCUUACCAGUUCGCCUACAUGGUCCUCUGCAUUGUACAGGUCGCCACCUGCAUUCGUGCGCUAAAGGGUGCUCGGGAUACCCAGUCCGCACAAAGCUACAACUUUUACAACUACACCCACUCCAUGUUAGUUCUCAUGCUCUGGAUUCUGCCCAUUAAUAUGCCGGUUCUGGUCGUCUGGAUACACAACCUAGCCGUACACUGGCUUACGCCGUUCUCGACACAUCACAACCUGCUAUGCGUGCUCGGCUACAUCUUGCUGGUUGAGAUGAUGAGCACCAACAACAUGAUACCCCGAGUGAUGAAUCGUAGCAUCCGCCUCCUCACCAACACCAUAAUGUUCAUAUUCGCCAUCUACGCCGCGUCAUACGGCGUCACCUAUGCGUACAUGAUGCACUACUUCGUCAAUGCGCUAUGUUUGUGGUUCUUCGUUAUCCAUCUUUCAAGUGGGCCGGUCUCGCUGGCGAACCUGGUACAGUACAUAACUGGAGCUGACGGCUCCUCAUCAUCCACGACAAGCAAGGGCAAAAAACGACCUUGA